GAUGGCGACGAGCUCGGAGCGCAGCCCUCCGCCGUUCCCCGACGCCGAGGACCAGGACGCGCUGGACUCCGAAGAGGUCGGAGGCCGAGACAGCGACGAGGACGACGGCGAGGACAUGUUCCCGAGCGCGAGCAACCCUCCACUGGCUGAAAUGGACACCGCACCGCCAGCUGCCAGUCAACCCAGUGAUGUCUUAAUGAAGCCUCCCACUGACAUCAUGAACAAUCCCUUAAUCGAGCCCGUCAGCAGCCAAACCAAAAACGAAUCGGCAAGUGAGGUGGUCAGUGAGCCCUUGGAUGAUUUUGUCGACCUAACAAACAACAUAACUGAAGCUGCCACCGACAAAGUCGCAGCUGCAGAAGAAGACACGGCCGUGAUCUCUUUUGAUGAACCCUCGGAUGACUUUGUUGACAUAUUGGGAAGUGAAACUGAGGCACAGCAAGAGGAAGUGGUGGUAGUGGAUGUUACUGCUGAAGCAGCAUCAGAUAAAAGUGAAGUGACGGGCAGUGUUACAGACCUGGGCCUUGGCGAAGGGGAACAGGAAGUAAAAGAAACUUUCACCGUUCCAGUUAUUGACAUAAGCGUUGAUUCAUCAUCCACUGACGUACAACAGCCACCUGGCAUUGAGGAAAUUGCUGACCCUCUGGUUGACUUCCUCGGUGAUGAUCUCCUUGGUGAUGAUUUCCUCGGUGAUGCUCCACCCGCCACCGGUGCCCAAAAACCCAGCAUGGCAACAAUCGACUUGUUCAAUGACGAUGACGGAAGCGACAUUUUUGCGGAACCACGGCAGACUAAAUCCGCCAAGCAGCCUCAGAAAAGCCUCUUUGGCGAAGCCGACGAGGAUCUGUUCGAUGAGCCGCUGGGUGCCACCUCAAAGAAAACCAUCAAUACGGAGCGGAAGGACAAAUCGGUCCCAGUCAAAGCUGCUGCUGCAGCUAGUGACGAUAUCAACAUAGCUGGGCCUCUGCAAGAGAGCAAUCCUGCAGAGCCCGCUGACAUCUUCACCGAAGAAGCCGUCGCCACGGCGCCCAGCGUCGCUGUCGCCAGCACCGUCAACUCCAAGACCAACGGAGUCCACUCUGAAGAGGAGACGGAUAUCUUUGCUGAAGCCACAGUGGAACUUUCUCUGGACAGUCCGCAGAGCGAGAGGAAGAAAGAGGUGACGGACAAACCAUCUGCGUCCGCCCCCUCACUGUCAGCCGCUGCCAGCCUGGCCAAGCCACAGUCUGCUGCCCUUGAUGAGCUGGAAGAAGAGGAAGAUGAGGAGCAGGAAGACCAGUUUGACAUCUACGUCUCUGUCAAGGACCCUGAAAAAAUAGGUGACGGGAUGAAUGCUUACAUGGCCUACAAAGUAUCCACACAGACCACACUGUCUAUGUUCCGCAACAAAACAUUUACCGUGAGGCGACGCUUCAGCGACUUCCUCGGCCUCUACGAGAAGCUUUCUGAAAAACAUGGACCAAAUGGAUUCAUCGUGCCUCCACCACCAGAGAAGAGCAUACUAGGUAUGACCAAGGUGAAGGUGGGAAAGGAAGAUUCCUCGUCUGCAGACUUUGUUGAGAGACGAAGAGGUGCUUUGGAGAGGUAUCUCCAGAGGGUGGUCAAUCACCCAUCGCUUCUCCAAGAUCCAGAUGUCAGAGAGUUCCUGGAGAGAGAGGAGCUGCCCAGAGCAGUGAGCACCCAGGCUCUGAGCGGCGCCGGCUUCCUGAAAAUGAUUAACAAAGCAACAGACGCCGUCAGUAAAAUGACCAUCAAGAUGAAUGAGUCCGAUGUGUGGUUUGAGGAGAAACUGCAGGAGGUGGAGUCUGCAGACCAGCAGUUCAGGAAGCUCCACACUCUGGUCGAAUCCCUGGUCGUCCACAGAAAAGAGCUGUCCCUAAACACGGCGAGCUUCGCCAAGAGCACAGCCAUGCUGGGCAGUGCAGAGGACAACACGGCUCUGUCCAGAGCUCUCUCUCAGCUGGCAGAGGUGGAGGAUAAGAUGGAGCAGUUGCACCAGGACCAGGCUGCAAAUGACACGUUCCGCUUCGCAGAACUCAUCGCGGAUUUCAUCCGCCUGCUUGGAGCCGUGAGGGGGUCGUUUGAUCACCGGAUGAAGUCGUGGCAGCGUUGGCAGGAUGCUCAGGCCAUGCUGCAGAAGAAGAGGGAGACGGAGGCCAAACUGCUGUGGGCCAACAAGCCCGACAAACUGCAGCUGGCCAAAGAGGAGAUCGCCGAGUGGGAGGCCAAAGUGACACAGUACGAGAGAGACUUUGACAGAGUUUCCGCCACUGUACGCAAGGAAGUCGUUCGCUUUGAGAAAGAAAAAGCCAAGAAUUUCAAAAGACAGAUAAUCAAAUACAUGGAGUGUCUGCUUCAGUCUCAACAACAGCUGAUAAAGUAUUGGGAGGCUUUCUUACCGGAAGCAAAAGCAAUCGCCUAAUCCUCGAGCACCGGCCUUUUGGACGACGGGACGGGACGGGCUGCCUUCUUCUUAUACACUUUACCUCUUCUGCCUUUAAAACCAAGGAAAAAUGAGUGCAUUGUAAAGGGAGAUACAAUCGAGCUGUUUUUUUUUAAUCACCUUUAACACAUUAGCUCUGUAUUCUAUUGUAUUAAUAAUUGUAUAUUUUUCAUUUAACCUUUCACAAAUAUUUUCUUAGUAGAUAAAAAGAGUAGUUUGCAUAUACAAAGAUAUGGAGAUACGAGGGGAGGGGGAAGUGUAGAUGAACGAUUCCAGUGAUUUCCACAAGAAGGGAAAUGAACCGAGCCCGUCGCUCUCAGGAUUUUUCUCCGUCGUGUGAUCGGGAGCUCCCUCGCGUCAGCAGCGGUUCAUCGUUUACAGCGCGGCUGCUCUCGCAUCACACAUCUCUGGGGACCCAGUUGACGAAAGUGGCCAAGAAACUCAAAUGAUUUAAAGGGAUAAAAUAACAGAUUAAAAUAUAUAUAUAUAUAUAUAUAUAUAUAUAUGAGCACUUCCACCAGGUGGAUAAAGUACUUUUCUUUUCUUUCAGAUUUAAGAUAGCGUUUAUGCGGAUGUGAAGGGUAAAGAGGCAUUAGAUUAUCAAACUCUACAGCUGUGGUCGAGGGGUCGCAUCGUACUGUAAGUGAAGCUUGCAGGUGUAAUGUUUUAGAUUUGAUUUAAAUCAUUGUACAAAAAAAUGUUCUCUUCAAACUACACAUGACUGUGCCUUUUUAAGUCUACAUGGUGUUUCGUCUCCAGACGCCACAAUUAAAUCCGGUUCGGGAGAAAGUUGUAGUUAUUUCCCCUCAGCUAAAAUGACACGCGCGACAACGCUGGGGUUUUCACAUUUAACUGCGUUUACUACGAAUAAUGUUUUUUCUUCUUCUUCCUCUUCAUUCUUGCUUGUAGUUCUUUUUCUUUCUUCUUUCUACCCUCUCGUCGGCCUGUGGAUUCACUACCUGCAAAUCAACCCGCAGAGACUUGAAGCAGCCGAUCCUCACAGUGAACGUCACGACGUCUGAGGCAAAGCUGCAUCAUCGCUGUGCGGUAAUACUGUACACAGGCAUUACCAAGCAAUGAUGACUGUCUUUGUGCAAAAAUAAAUACAUGCAGACAUGCUCUCAUUGUAUGGAUAAGCCAUUUCAAGUCUGACUAAUUACAGCAGUGUGCCAUAAUGAAAUGUAUAGAAUUAAAUGUCUGGGAGGUCGGAGGGCAUGUCCUAGACCACCGGGGCUACAACUAAUUUUCAUUUUGAAUUACUUUUUGUUGAUUAUAUUUUGAAUUGUUUUACUUUAUAAAUAUAAAGAUCAUAAAACAAAUGCACAAGUAUCCCAGAGCCCAAGGUGCCAUGGUUUCAUCAGCAUCAGUCCACAACCCAAAGAUAUUUAAAGGUGUCCUGUGGAGUUUUUGACAAGUAGCAGGAUUAUGGAGCAGUUACUGAAGUUUGUGUGUUUAUUAGUGUCUUAACACAAGUUACAUGACGCACAGUCCUGUCAGCGAUGUGCCAACAAAGGCCAGGGUGUAGACUUAGCUAGCCACCACAGAUCUAAGCGGUUUAGUUUUUCUUGCAAAAACUAAAAAGGUUCUCGAGGAAACAUGGUGUGUUUUGGUGAGGAACGGUGAAUGUAUACAAAAAAAAAAAAAUCCACAAGAUACCUUUUAAUUUUACAGGGAUGUAAAACAAAAACAAAAUAAGAAUCAAAUCUGCACUUUUGAGUAGUGUCACCGGCAAACAUUUGGUAUUUUGGCUUGAAUUAUUAUAACUUUUUUCUUUGAAUGACUGAAACAGUACAGUGUGGGACUUGUGUUAAAUUGGCAACAGUCACUGGAGCUGUCCUUUUUAAAAAGCCAGUCUGAAGACACCGUGAGAUUAACGUUACGUACUAAACAAACUGGUCAAAGAGCAUUAGGUUCACUAUGACAUCAGUUUGACAACUUGUUUUGACAUCAUACCGUAACUAACCCCGCAACGCAGCUGAAUGUGGGGGGGCUGCCAUCCUAUGAUUACAGCUUUAAUUUCACAUCUGCGCACCGCACACUGACACUCUGGCGCAACCGUUUGAUCAUCUGUUGUCACUAAACUUGCAGACAUUUCUUUGCAUCGUCAUUUUCUUUUGUUUUCGUUUGACAGUAAGAUACAUGCUUGUUUAUAACUGUUGCUAGAUUAGGAUGGCACGUCAUUGACAAUUGUGUCCUUGUACUCUUUUUGUCAUCACUUGUCCAAUGUGCAGAGCGAUGUCAGAAACGUGCACUGUCAGAAAAAAAAAAAUCUUUUAAAACAAAAUCAAUAAAAGUUGCACUAUUUACACUUGGGAGAUUUCAGUAAGAA